CAGGUAAAGGGGAUAAAAGUUACGCAGCAAAUGUAAAAAAAAUACCACCAUGAGCAGCAAAUUUGAGACAUCCCAAGCAGCACAGGCUGACAGUGAAGAAAAUACAGAAAAUGAAAUAGAGGAGAAGUGUGAAAUAAUUCGCCAGCGCAUAAUAGAGAAAUGUGAAAAGCAGUUAGAUCUCAGGCAACGACGCAUCAUAUUAAUUGGUCCCCCGGGAGCAGGGAAAAGUUCCUUUGUGAAUAGCAUCGCUGCAGCAAUGAGUAAAUCAUUCAGUAUGGUCGCAGAAGCCGGAUCCUUUGGAGACAGCAGAGGGGACGCUGAGUCUGGCAUUACCCUCUACCUUAGUGACUUUCUCAACCUUGGCCUUGAGGAGUCCAAAUUCGACGACUUGCCCACUUUGAUUGACCUGACCGGGCUGCCAAACAACGAAAGAUUAGACCUGCUCCAAGAGGUGUUGAGCAUCGUCAUAUAUGGACGUCUCCCUGAAAACGAGCGCGUCCAAGCUUUGUUCGACUUCGUUUACAGAGAGGGCAACGGUGUCAAGGAUUUGCGCCUCAAGUAUCCGGAGACACGCGAGUCCCGAGACCUGGAAGCCACGUGCAUUGUGUUUGUCCUGAACGCUGAUUCUGACAAUGUGCCCGAGAGUUUAAUGAAAGCAGUGACAACAGUCGUCAUGAAUGGUCCCAGGCAAAUACGAAUUUUCGGGCUCAUCACUAAGAAAGACUUGGCGGAGAAUGAGGAGGGAUACCCAAGACUAAGAGAAGCGCUAGUCUCUAAUUUGGGCUUGGUUGGGGUGACAAAUCAACGCCUUGGAGAAGUAAAAUGCUACUGCGAUGCUAAUUGUCAACCACCACGGCAACCUUGGCACUAUCCGGCGCUCGACUUACCAAUCUUAGAGUUCCUGGAACUCCUCCUUGACCCGGCCAACAGAGCAAUAGACCGCCAAAAACCCUCCGGCCGCCGCUUGAGAAAGCCUCCAAUGUCUUGGAAUGGAAAAAUGUGCCUGCUCUCCAUCUUUAUAGCUUUAGUUGCUGUCAUAUUAUUUGCGGUAUUUUCUAAUCCCUCGAAACACCCUACAGGCAAUAAAGGCAACAACUCGGGCUUUUAACCCGUUUUGCUCAUUCGCAAAUUGACUUGCAGUUUUGGUAAUACAAAGAGACCUACGUGAUGUACACGAAAGGAAUGGAUCCUAUAUACUCAUUACUCUUGAAGAAAUCUGAUUCAUUAUGAUACCUUAUGAAAUAACACAUGACUCUAAGUAAUAGGUCAGUGUCAACUGCUUUUGUCUUUAGAAGCGAUUGGAUGAGCACACACCAGAGAUGACUGCCUGUUUGUCUGAUUAUUUUUAUUUUUAUUAUUUAUUUAUUUAUUUAUUUUAUUUUAUUUAUUUUAUUAUUUUUUUUUUUUUGAAGCAACGAUAUUUGAAAGUUUUGACUUGUAAAAUAACUAUAACUGUUUAACCAUUAUUGAAACUAGAGAAGCACUCCGAGAGCGCAGACCUCCGCCAUGGCAGCAAAGUCUCCCCCCAAUGCCGUUUCACCCCUAAAUUUUCAU